AUGUCACGACCGGAAGAUGUCCUGCCCCCGGACCUUUUCUACGGCGAUAAUGAAUCUCGAAAAUAUACCACCUCGUCACGCAUUCGCAACAUUCAAGCCGACAUGACACACAGGGCCCUUGAGCUUCUUGACCUUAACACACCGUCUCUAAUUCUGGAUAUUGGCUGCGGGUCAGGUCUGUCUGGGGAAAUACUUUCUCAAGAACCCCGCGAGCAAGGUGGACCGCACACCUGGAUCGGAAUGGAUAUUUCACCUAGCAUGCUUGAUAUUGCGCUACAACGAGGCGUAGAGGGUGAUCUGUUUCUCGCGGAUAUCGGACAAGGUGUACCUUUCCGGCCUGGAACAUUCGAUGCAGCGAUCAGCAUAAGCGCAAUCCAGUGGCUAUGUAACGCGGAGACAAGCGACGUCAGCCCCGAGGGCCGUCUUCGGAGAUUCUUCGAGGGCCUCUUCGCCAGUCUCAGACGGGGUGGACGCGCUGUAUGCCAGUUUUACCCCAAAAAUGAUUCCCAGCGCGCGAUGAUCAGCGGUGCCGCUAUCAAGGCCGGGUUCGGAGCAGGUAUUUUGGAAGAUGACCCCGGCACGAAAAAUAGCAAGCUCUACCUUGUUUUGACUGUCGGUGGCGGAGGGCUGCAGGGUGAUAUUACUGGUGUUGUAGAUGGGAUGAAUGAUGUCGACGUGAUGGACGCGAGGAGAAAGGCUAUGGAACAUAGUACGGCACCGGUUUCUAGAAAAGGCGACAAGGUUUGGAUCAUGCGGAAGAAGGACCAGAUGGCCAAGAAAGGCAAGGUUGUCAAGGCGAAUUCAAGGUAUACUGGCCGCAAGAGGCGCCCGGCUUUCUAG